GAUCGGCUGGGGGGAUGGUGGAAGAUUUUUGGUCUCUCCAGCAGCGUCUUUUCUUGAGCGGCGGCGGCAGCAGCGGCGGCAGCGGCGGCAGCAGCAGCGGGAGGAGAAGCAGCCCCAGCUAUGACUGCCGCAUGUUAAUAGCUGCCGCUUGGGUCUCUCGGCCGCUGCUGGAGACGGAGCCCGACUCCGAAGUUGUGCAACUGUGGACUGGGAGAGACAUUUGAACCUUGCUCUCUCUUUGCUCCGUUUUUACCCCCUCGGUGUGUUUGAAGCGAGACAACGUACAGGAAGACAAAUCUUUGGUUCUUUCCCCCCCCCUUCCUCUUUCUCCGUGGCUGUGUAGCAGAAGAAAGGGGGAAGGAGAGACUUUUUGUUGUUGUUUCUUUGGCUGGGGUCUCCACCCUCCUGCUGCUUUCUCUGCGCUGUGGUUAUCAUUCCUUGCGGCGUGUGGUGGGGGUGUCUUCUCCGGGGCCGGCCGGUCUUUUGCCCCGGGCUCCAUGGCUGGAUUGUGGAAACUGCACUCGGCUGCAGGUUGUUGAGCAACUGAUGGGACGAUCUCAGGGACCGGCGGUUACGAAAGGAAUGUUUAAAUGUUCAGUAAAUUGGAGGAAAAGAACAUGGACUUUUAGCUACUGAAGAGAAAAUUAAGGAUUCAAAUUUGGGAUACUGGUGUUUCUGUUUUUGAGGAUUUUUUUUUUUUGAGGGAAAGUUGUUUUUUGUGGUUUUUUUUUUUUUUUAAUCAUCGUUCUUGGAAUACAGAAGAGGAACCAGAAAUACACUCAUUUUGUUUCACGCUGGGAACACUCAGUUUUGAGGCACUCACGCCCGAGUUCACAGCCAUGUGGCCAUCACAGCUACUAGUCUUUAUGAUGCUCAUAGCACCGAUCAUUCAAGGUGGCAAGCACAGUGAGCGACAUCCAGCCCUCGCUGCCCCACUGCGACAUGCUGAGCGCAGCCCAGGAGGCGCUCUGCCACCCAGACAUCUCCUUCAGCAGCCAGCAGCCGAGCGUGCCACUGCUCAUCGUGGACAAGGGCCCCGUGGAGCUACCAGAGGAGUUCGUGGUCCAGGUGCCCAAGGAGCCCAGAGUGCAGCCCAAGCUUUCAGCCGUGCCCCAAUUCCGAUGGCUGUGGUCCGCAGAGAGCUCUCCUGUGAGAGCUACCCCAUUGAGCUCCGCUGUCCAGGAACAGAUGUCAUCAUGAUAGAAAGUGCCAACUAUGGGAGGACUGAUGACAAAAUUUGUGACUCUGACCCUGCUCAGAUGGAGAAUAUACGAUGCUAUCUGCCAGAUGCCUAUAAGAUUAUGUCCCAAAGGUGCAAUAACAGAACACAGUGCGCAGUGGUGGCAGGUCCUGAUGUUUUUCCAGACCCGUGUCCAGGAACCUAUAAAUACCUUGAAGUGCAGUAUGAAUGUGUCCCUUACAAAGUGGAACAAAAAGUUUUUCUUUGCCCUGGACUACUAAAAGGAGUAUACCAGAGUGAACAUUUGUUUGAAUCUGACCACCAGUCUGGGGCAUGGUGCAAAGACCCUCUGCAGGCUUCUGACAAGAUUUAUUAUAUGCCCUGGACUCCCUACAGAACUGAUACCCUGACUGAGUACUCGUCCAAGGAUGACUUCAUUGCUGGAAGGCCAACUACAACCUACAAGCUCCCUCACAGGGUGGAUGGCACAGGAUUUGUAGUGUAUGAUGGAGCUUUGUUUUUCAACAAAGAACGCACCAGGAACAUAGUAAAGUUUGAUUUGCGGACUAGGAUAAAGAGUGGAGAGGCUAUCAUAGCAAAUGCCAAUUACCAUGAUACCUCUCCUUACCGAUGGGGAGGCAAAUCUGACAUAGACCUGGCAGUGGAUGAAAAUGGGCUCUGGGUGAUCUAUGCAACAGAACAAAACAAUGGUAAAAUUGUCAUUAGUCAAUUGAACCCUUAUACUCUACGGAUUGAAGGGACAUGGGAUACUGCAUAUGAUAAAAGAUCAGCUUCCAACGCAUUUAUGAUUUGCGGGAUUCUGUAUGUGGUCAAAUCUGUAUAUGAGGAUGAUGACAAUGAGGCCACAGGGAAUAAGAUUGACUACAUUUAUAACACUGACCAAAGUAAGGAUAGUUUGGUGGAUGUACCAUUUCCCAAUUCAUACCAGUACAUAGCGGCUGUGGAUUACAACCCCAGGGACAACCUUCUUUAUGUUUGGAACAACUAUCAUGUCGUGAAAUACUCUUUGGAUUUUGGACCUCUGGAUAGUCGAUCAGGGCAGGCACAUCAUGGGCAGGUGUCAUACAUCUCUCCUCCAAUUCACCUGGACUCUGAGCUAGAAAGACCCCCUGUGAGAGAAAUCUCUACCACAGGACCUCUUGGUAUGGGAAGUACCACCACCAGUACCACCCUGCGGACCACAACUUGGAGCCCAGGCAGGAGUACUACCCCAUCAGUGUCAGGAAGAAGAAACCGGAGUACCAGCACCCCAUCUCCAGCUGUGGAGGUGCUUGACGACAUUACCACACAUCUGCCAUCAGCAGCGUCCCAAAUCCCAGCCCUGGAAGAGAGCUGUGAAGCCGUGGAAGCCCGAGAAAUCAUGUGGUUUAAGACCCGUCAAGGACAGAUGGCAAAGCAGCCGUGCCCUGCAGGAACUAUAGGAGUGUCAACAUAUCUAUGCCUGGCUCCUGAUGGAAUCUGGGAUCCCCAAGGACCGGAUCUUAGCAACUGUUCUUCUCCUUGGGUCAACCAAAUAACACAAAAGUUGAAAUCUGGAGAGACAGCUGCCAACAUAGCUAGAGAGCUGGCUGAACAAACAAGAAAUCAUUUGAAUGCUGGAGACAUCACCUACUCAGUCCGUGCCAUGGACCAGCUGGUAGGGCUCCUAGAUGUACAACUCCGGAACUUGACCCCAGGUGGAAAAGAUAGUGCUGCACGGAGUUUGAACAAGCUUCAGAAAAGAGAGCGCUCUUGCAGAGCCUAUGUCCAGGCAAUGGUCGAGACAGUUAACAACCUCCUCCAGCCACAAGCCUCAAAUGCAUGGAGAGACCUGACUACAAGUGAUCAACUACGUGCAGCGACCAUGUUGCUUGACACUGUGGAGGAAAGCGCUUUUGUGCUGGCUGAUAACCUUUUGAAGACUGACAUUGUCAGGGAGAACACAGACAAUAUUCAAUUGGAAGUUGCAAGGCUGAGCACAGAAGGAAACUUAGAAGACCUAAAAUUUCCAGAAAACAUGGGUCACGGAAGCACUAUCCAGCUUUCCGCAAAUACUCUAAAACAAAAUGGUCGAAACGGAGAAAUUAGAGUGGCCUUUGUCCUGUAUAACAACUUGGGUCCUUAUUUGUCCACGGAGAAUGCCAGCAUGAAGUUGGGAACAGAGGCUAUGUCCACCAAUCAUUCUGUUAUUGUCAAUUCCCCUGUUAUUACAGCAGCAAUAAACAAAGAGUUCAGCAAUAAAGUUUAUUUAGCUGAUCCUGUGGUGUUCACUGUUAAACAUAUUAAGCAGUCCGAGGAGAAUUUCAACCCUAACUGUUCAUUUUGGAGCUAUUCCAAGCGCACAAUGACAGGUUACUGGUCAACACAAGGCUGUCGGCUCCUAACAACAAAUAAGACACAUACUACAUGCUCUUGUAACCACUUAACCAAUUUUGCAGUACUGAUGGCACAUGUGGAAGUUAAGCACAGUGAUGCGGUCCAUGACCUUCUUCUGGAUGUGAUCACGUGGGUUGGAAUUUUGCUGUCCCUUGUUUGUCUCCUGAUUUGCAUCUUCACAUUUUGCUUUUUCCGUGGGCUCCAGAGUGACCGUAACACCAUCCACAAGAACCUCUGCAUCAGCCUUUUUGUAGCUGAACUGCUCUUCCUGAUUGGGAUCAACCGAACGGACCAACCAAUUGCCUGUGCAGUUUUUGCUGCCCUACUACAUUUCUUCUUCUUGGCGGCCUUCACCUGGAUGUUCCUGGAGGGAGUGCAACUCUAUAUCAUGCUGGUGGAGGUUUUUGAGAGUGAGCAUUCACGGAGGAAAUACUUUUACCUGGUUGGCUAUGGGAUGCCUGCACUCAUAGUGGCUGUGUCCGCGGCGGUAGACUACAGGAGUUAUGGAACAGAUAAAGUAUGUUGGCUCCGACUUGACACCUACUUCAUUUGGAGCUUUAUAGGACCAGCGACCUUGAUAAUUAUGCUUAAUGUAAUCUUCCUUGGGAUUGCUUUAUAUAAAAUGUUUCAUCAUACUGCCAUUCUGAAACCUGAAUCGGGCUGCCUUGAUAAUAUCAACUAUGAGGAUAACAGACCCUUCAUCAAGUCAUGGGUUAUAGGUGCAAUAGCUCUUCUCUGCCUGUUAGGAUUGACCUGGGCCUUUGGACUCAUGUAUAUUAAUGAAAGCACAGUCAUCAUGGCGUAUCUCUUCACCAUUUUCAAUUCUCUACAGGGAAUGUUUAUAUUCAUUUUCCAUUGUGUCCUACAAAAGAAGGUACGAAAAGAGUACGGGAAAUGCCUGCGGACGCAUUGUUGUAGUGGCAAAAGUACAGAGAGUUCCAUUGGCUCAGGGAAAACAUCUGGUUCUCGAACUCCUGGACGCUACUCCACGGGCUCACAGAGCCGAAUUCGUAGAAUGUGGAAUGACACGGUCCGAAAGCAGUCGGAGUCUUCCUUCAUUACUGGAGACAUAAACAGUUCAGCGUCACUCAACAGAGGAGCCAUGGCUAAUCAUCUUAUAAGCAAUGCUCUGCUUCGUCCGCAUGGUACUAACAAUCCCUAUAAUACAUUGCUUGGGGAACCGGCGGUCUGUAACAACCCUUCUGUCAGCAUGUACAACGCACAAGAGCCCUACAGAGAGACAAAGGGGCUUCUGAACAAUGCCAGGGAUACAAGUGUCAUGGAUACUCUACCACUGAAUGGUAACCAUGGCAAUAGUUACAGCAUUGCCAGUGGCGAAUACCUGAGCAACUGUGUGCAAAUCAUAGACCGUGGCUAUAACCACAAUGAGACCGCCCUAGAGAAAAAGAUUCUGAAGGAACUCACUUCCAACUAUAUCCCGUCUUACCUGAACAACCACGAGCGCUCCAGUGAACAGAACAGGAAUCUGAUGAACAAGCUGGUGAAUAACCUUGGCAGUGGGAGUGAAGAUGAUGCCAUUGUCCUGGAUGACGCCACCUCCUUCAACCACGAGGAGAGUUUGGGCCUGGAACUCAUUCAUGAGGAAUCUGAUGCUCCUUUGCUUCCCCCAAGAGUCUACUCCACAGAGAACCACCAGCCACACCAUUACACCAGAAGGCGGCUCCCCCAAGACCACAGUGAGAGUUUUUUCCCUUUGCUAACCAACGAGCACACAGAAGAUCUCCAGUCACCCCAUAGGGACUCUCUGUACACCAGCAUGCCAGCACUGGCUGGUGUGCCUGCCACAGAGAGCGUUACCACCAGCACCCAGACCGAACCCCCACCGGCCAAAUGUGGUGAUGCCGAAGAUGUUUACUACAAAAGCAUGCCAAACCUAGGCUCCAGAAACCACGUCCAUCAGCUGCACACCUACUAUCAGCUAGGUCGCGGUAGCAGUGAUGGAUUUAUAGUUCCUCCAAACAAAGAUGGGACCCCUCCAGAGGGAAGUUCAAAAGGACCAGCUCAUUUGGUCACUAGUCUAUAGAAGAUGACACAGAAAUUGAAACCAACAAAACUGCUAACACCUGGUUGACUGUUCUGAAUUGAUAUAAGCAGUGGUAAUAAUGUGUGUACUCCUAAAUCUUUAUGCUGUUCUUGAAAGACAAACACAAACUUUCAGACUUUUUUUUUUUUUUAACUGGGAUUUUUAGGUCAGCCCAGGGGAGAAAGAUAACUGCUGAAAUUCCCCUGUGCCCUCUCCUUUCUUGUCUUUUCCCCCUCAGAUGGAGACUUCAUUAUGUUAAUGAACGAGAUAUGAAGAAAAUGGCGCUCAUUGUGGCCUUGUUGAAUUAUGUUGUGUUUGUUCUAACAUCUCUGAUGCUCUGUUACUAUAAUUACAAGGACCUGAUUUUUAAAAGGCCAGAACAGUUGUUUGAAAUUAGUAACAAUGCUGCAUCUAGAUUGGAGUGCUGCACAAACAUAAAAACAAAGCAAAACUGUAUCACAUAGUGGUUUUUAGUCACUCACAACCUGAAUUCACCACAGUGGGAAUAGCUGUGGAAUACAAAAUAAAACAACAAAUUAAUAAUGAAAUGGAGGGGAAUUCUAGAAUUAUAUGCUAAAUGCAUAUUUUAUGAUUUGCUGUAUUAACUGAUGAUAAAACUAAUGGCAGAAAAAAAAUUGAACAAUUUCUAUGUAAUGUACAGAUACUAGCAUUGCACAUAUAGUCAGCUUUCUGUUCCUCCAGAAUUUGAGUCCUGUUAAUGUAGUGGAAAAAAAGAGAUAUUUUUUCUUUUUCUUUCGUGCUGGUCUUGCAAGUUUGUCUGCCAGUAAGAGAGCAAAGUUUCCUUCCUUCCUUCCUUCUUUUCUUUCUUCCUUCAUUUUCUUUGCUUUUUCUUCUCUUUUUCCUUUCUUCUUUUUUUUCUUUCCUUUUAUUUUUCCUUGAUUUUUUCUUUAAAAUUUCACCUGGCAAAAAAAUAAAUAAAUAAAUAAAUAAAUGAAACUAUCACUUUAUAAGAAUCAUUUUCUAGUAAUGCAAACAAAUUAUUUUUUACAAAAAAAUAAAAUAAAUAAAAUUAGACUUCCUUCCCUCACUAUAUAUCUUUAUUCAGUCAGAAUAUUUCCAAGAGCAUUUUUGCAGAUUAGAGCAGGACGAACUUUUAUGUUUACAGUAUACAUCUGUUGUAAUGCAAAGUAUAUUUGGCAAGCAGUUCAUCACCAAGACAGUAGCUAUGAUUCUAGAAGUCAAGAGGCGUCAAUAGAACUAGUGGGGCUUCUGCAUGUGAAAAAAAAAACGGUAUCCCAUAGGCAUUAAAGUGCUGAAUGCUCAGUCUGAUCCCCAAGUGGGCACCCGCACUACCAAUUUUUAAAGGAAAUUCACUCCCUUGUAGUAAGAAAUGAAAGGUCAAGUUAUUUUGAAGUGAUUUUUUUUAAACUCUUCUGUUUAUUAACAGGAAAAUUUAUUUAUUUGACAGGAUUUUAAGUAAUGUAGGAAUACAAGAGGUAAAUUAGCAGCACAUAUAAUUUUUUUUUAAAUUUAUGAUCCAUUUUGUAUGGUCUCAAAGUUGGAUGACCUCAUUACUAAUAUUUGUUGUAAAAGUGAAACUUGUUUGCCAACCAAUAAACAACUGAUUGAGAUUUAGAAGAUAUUGUUUUGAUGUAUGUACUAUAUGAUGAAUUAUUCUUUUCAUUUUUCUCGUCUUUCCUUCUGUUUUCAUUAUAUAUACUUUGCUAAUCGAUUACUCUAUGGCCCCAAUGAGCCAUGCAAUAGAAAUCAGAUCUGCCUAGAAGAAUAACCUAAGCACAAAAUUUUACCAUUUUUGCAAAGUAAACCAGAAAAAUGGGAUGGGCAUGUUUAUGUUGAAUGAAAUAAGAUGCAUAACUUACUUUUAAGCGGGUUAAUAUCAGCUACUAUGUGCUUAUUUUAUAAGCAGCAGCCAUCAUGCUUACUAUAAAAACCAGCUUCAAUCAGAGAUUUAUGUAUUGAAUUGAAGAGGGGGUGAGUCACUUAUUUUCCUUUCCUGUAAGUUCUAUUUCGAUGUCAGAAAUUUAAAGUCAUUCAGUUGGCUCAAAGCUGCCAGUUUAAUGGCAAAGAGAAUAUCCAUUUUAUAAAGAGAGUAGAAGACAUUUUUAUGCUAAUUUUUCUUGCCCCAUAUAUGAAACAAAGUCCUUUCAAAGAAACUUUCUAGAUCUCCAAUUACCGAAGAACCUUUACCAGCAGUGUCUAAACAUAGAGUCCCUUCUAGGGCAAAGAUAGAAUGAAUUUGCCAAAUUGUAAUUUAUCUUGUAGUUUAUGAUAUUUUGGUGACUUCUUUCUCCCCCCCCAAAUCUGAACAUCACCCACCUAUUAAUUAAUUUCUUAACUUAAGAUGAGAUGGAAUAGUUUAUGGAAUAACCAGUAAUCUCUAUAUAGUUUAAGAAUAUAUGACAAAAGAAAGAAUUCUGUGCUGGGCCAGAGUACAUCAUAAUCUUAAUAUUCACCUCAGAAUAUUUUAUGCAUCAUUCCUUUUUAAGUCUCUAGAAUUGUUCUUGAGUUGCAGGAGAACCUCAAGCUUUAAUGGCAAUUAAGUUUUCACAUCCCACACUGUGGCAAUAUUAGCACCCGAAAGGUGGUUUGCCUAUCUGUUGCAUAGAAUACAUUUGGUAAUGAAAAAGCCCCUUUUAGACAACUUGUCUAAAGUUGGCCUGUGGAUUAUGAGCGCUUAUGCUUGUUUCGCCAAUUCAGCAGAGAUCUAUAUGAAAGCAGCUCGUCAGUAAGAAGCUAGUUUCACAGAACAAUGGGGAAACUACCUCAAGUCAGCUUGCUGAGGCUGCCAGUUCUGAUUUUCUGAUAUUGCUACCUCCCUGCCCGCUAUCUUUUAUGUGUCAUUACAUGGAAUUUGAAACCGGUAGCCUCCCCAGCUUUACACAGACCAACUGCAGAAAAUCACUUGAAUACAUAACUGGUGCGGAAGGCCAUUUAGGACUGUCAGUUACUACCCAGCCCUUGCAUAAAGAUGAAAGGGUGAGAUGUUUGAAUUCGAAUACAUCACAAUUGUGCUAUCAGAGAGACAAGAUCCCAAAGACUUUUACAGAAAGAGAUUGUUCCCUCAAGUUUUAUGUGACUAUACUGAAACAAAACAGUAGAUAUAGGAGCUAAUUAUGUGUACAUUUCAAUAGAAAUUUGUGUAUAUCUAACAUGUAUUCAUUUAGUCCUUUUUAUACUAGCAAGGCUUGAGUUCCUAAACUUGACUUUUUUUUCACAUGUAUUUUCAUGCAUAGUUAUUGAUAAAUUAAUAAUUUUUAAAAAGUUUGUUUUUUUUACCACCUUUGGUUGACUAUACUUCAAACCCUGUGCCAUUCAUGACUUACUUAUCUGCCUACUUCUGAUAUGCUUAUCUGAAAUUCUGUAAAAAACUAAAUUUUCAUCAAGCAGACAGACUGUACCUACCAUAGCACAUCAUUUCGGUAGCUGGAAGUAAAAGUUAUGCCAAUAAAACAAACCAAUUAUUACUUCCUAGUAAAAUAAUAUUUUUGUAAUAUUUUACUCUCAAGCCUUUUUUUUUUUUCUUUUGAGGUCUAUCUCCCAAGGUACUUUGCAGGACACUAGCUAACAGAUCUCAUGUCUAGUUGACUCACAGACUGUUGGAUUGUUGCACAGCCCAUGUUCCUAACUGAUAAUAUUUAUGGAGAAAACUACAUUUUGUGAAGGAAAAAUAGAUCUGAAUUUCAAUUUAAGUUUUUGAACAUCCCUCCAGUUCCACUCUAUUAAAAGUAAAAAAUACUAUAUUUGAAUAAUAAAUUGUCAUGCUUAAAUAAUCAUGACAAAAAAGAACUUGCAUGAGAACAAUUAUGUCAAAGUGAAAAUAAUCAGGAAGCUGUAUUAAUAAAAUGUAGAUAAUGGAAGCAUCCUUAACUUCCUAUCAGGCAAAUUCACAAAGACUCAAAACUAAAGUGUAGUUUAUGAUAUAUACUUUUAAAAUCCCCAUUAAGCUAAAAAUGUUAACAUAUUGAUUAAAGAUCUUUAAGAUUUAGUGUUUUUAAAAAAUUAAUUUAGUUGGUGUGACGAAACUUUUCAUGGUAAUAGAGAUAAACAUAUAAGAGAAUUAGUAAUAGUCGUAUAGAACCCAUGGACUUAAUUUUAGCCAGUAUCUUCAGCUUUUUGCCCCACACAUGUUCCAAUCCAUUGACAAAGGUUUACUUAGUUUAAAAAAUGACAUUAAAAACUUUUAAAGACUGACUUUCUACAGUAUAGAGAACAAAAGGGAGAGGAAAACCAGUUUCUGGGUUGUCUAAUGAUCAACUCCAGACUAAUCAAUAAUCAGCUCCUAUUAGUGAAAGAAACAUUUGUUUUCAGAAGUUGUGCGUUAGUAUUAUACCAAAGUGCUACUGCUUGAGGUGUUUUAGAAAAAACAAAAACACUACAGGACUACUAUACUACUGCAAAUUUAGAGAGAGAAAGAAAGAAACCCAGACUCUAAUUUGAUUUUGAGCAAUUCUAAAAAUAUUGACAAGAAUGUCCUUUCUUCUGUUACAAAACUAUUUGAGAUAAAAUAACAAUAUGUACGAUCCUCCUAGUAUAUUGUAGUACCAAGGUAUUAAGAUUUGAUGAGUUCAUGUUUAGUGGUUCAUAAUUAUAACUCACAACCUAAACAAUUACUAUGCAUUUCUAAAAAUACUUUACAUACAUCCUCUGUUAGAUUUCUGCACAUUAAUAAAUUAGGAACAUGGGAGCACAAGAGUGAAACAGCACAUUAGAAAAUAGCUUAUGGAAGCAUUUUUGUGCAAAUGAAUUCUACGUGGAAAGCUUCUUUGAGCUCAUAAAAUAGAUUUGAUGGAUCCCAACCAGAAAUUCAAUUUUGUAAUCAGCAAAUACAUACUUCUGAAGCCAUCUGAAAAAUAUUGAUAAAUAUCUAAAUUUUCAUUUCUAAAUUAAAAUGUUGGUAGCUGCUUCUUUCCUGCUUAGGCCAUAAGAGGAAUCUUUCCUAUUUUCUAAUUAACCUGAUUAGUUUCUACUUCACUUUUGCUUUAAAAGGGAAAUCAAUCUUUAACUUUCACCUAUACACUUACUUACAUACUUUGAUUCCUUUUCUUUACAGCUUGCAGAAGAAAUAGCUUGUUUACAAUAUUGCAAACUUUGUGAUUUUUGCAAUAUAACAGGUAGUUACUAUAGUUUUGCAUAUUUUCAUUUUCAAUAAACUUAUUGCCCCACCCUCUUUACAAAAAUUAAAAGCACGUCUCCAACAUCCAGGACCUGUAGGUUAUUAUUCAAAUGUCUUCAUUUCAGCUAUGUUUUGAUGUUUCUUUCUCUCUCUUAAUAGUAUGUCACACAAACUUUUCUCAUUUCACUUGUGUCCCAUCAGAGUAUUUCAAAGGUAAAGGCAAACUAUGAUUUUUAAGAAGGCACGUGAAAGGAGAACUUUGAUUUAUAAUGGAGAAGUUGAGGAAGACUACACAAGGAAAAACCUCUGUUGGGAUAAACAAGUCUUUUCCAUCACAAUAUGAACAGAAGAAGGGCAGAUCCAAGUUGGCAUACUUAUGGUGAGGCAGCAGGACCUAAAUUCGAGUUCAAAAGGAAAAAAAAUUCCAGGAAAAAAUAAUGAAAUUGUUUAGAGUGGUAAAAACUUUAAACAGUGUAACAAGUGCUACUGGUGUGUUAAAACAAAAAUUGAAGUAUACCAUAUGAUAAUUUUAUCCUGCUGUUUACACAGGAAAGUCUAAACACUUUCAGCACUGCUUAGAUAUUUCUUGUCUAGCCACACCUUGUCUCAAGGACACAUGAUAUUUUAUAAAGGUUUCUUAAAUAUAAGUAUUUUGCCUCAAUUCACUUUCACUCUCUAAUCUGCUUAUUCUAUUGUAUGCCAACACCGUUAAUGCUACCAGUAGCUAUGCACCUUUUAGAGCUUUAUUAUGAAUCUUUCUAAUAAACAUUAAAUUAAUAUUAAAUUGGAAUUACGUACAUUGUGCAAAAUAAUCCGUAACCAAGCAAUAUUCAUAUUACAGGCUAAUUUAUAAUAUAUAUGAAUAUUACAUUGAGACUGAACAAAUAAUUACACAGCUGAAAAUAUUACUCUCAAGUCCUUUCUCUCUUCAAUUAUUGUAGUCAAUUCGUAAAAUUCUGCAGACAGUUGUAUGACAUGUAUCAAAGUACUCCAUAAUCCAAAUGUGUCUAAAAGUAUUCCCAAUGCUUCUUUCAUUCUAGAAUGCUAAAGAAAAGAGCUUGAAAGAAGAGGAAAGGAAAGCCGACUCCUAAGGAUCUAAUUUAGAUUAACAUUGCCAUUCAGAAUGAGUGAUUUUAAAAUGAGAAUGUUCCACUCUGUGGUCUGAGGUUAUUAAAAUUUUACAGUUAGUCCAAUAUUGGAGGAUUUUAAAUUUAAAAAGAGUUAAGUUUGUCUCAAUGGCCCAAGACUGCAGAAUUUCACACUACAUUGGCAAGGAAAUGUGUUUGAAAUCCAUACCUGAAGUAGCUUUUUAAAGGUUAAAAAUUCCCUGAUUCUUCUGAAAGUAAAACUGGUAAAUGAUCCUGGCUUCAAGAUGAAAUGGACUGGUUGACUUCAAAAAGUGGCAAAAAUCAAGAAUGUCAUCAACCCUUUAAUAGUAGGUAGAGGUCUUUGGGGAUACAGAAUACAGUGACUAGAACACAAUGUCCUCUUCUGCUGACCACUGCCUCAUGUUGGAGAGCAUUUUUAAUGCCUUGAAUUUCAAGUUGUCACAACGUCUUAUGUUUUAAAUACCAUCAUGAAUCAAGAAAGAUGAGGAAAAAAACAUUUAAAGUUGGUUUUCAUGCCUCAUUUCAGAAUAAAGAUUUCCUUUGCCAUUCUAAGUAAUAAAAAUGAUGUGUCUUGAAACAGCUGUAGACAAUCAGAAUGUGUUCAUUUAUAAACAAGUCUUUGUAUAUUCUAACACUAUUCUUUGCCUAUGACCCCCAAAAUCAGUAAGUGUAGAAAGUCAGCUGGAUUUCCUUUCAUUUGGUUUCUGUAAAUGCAUUGGAAGUAGAAGGAUAAUCUGGGACAUUUUUCCACACUGUUUUCCCACUUGCCAAUCAUUAAAUCUAAUUCAAAAUAUAUCUUUUUUUAAAAUGAUAGUUUAUUUUUAAAAAUAACAACUAAUUAAGUUAUUUCUCAUUGAUAGGAACGAUUUCUCUUUUUAGGAACAAGAAUAUAGCUGUCGCAGGCUCUGGUCUCUUACCAUUCUCAUAUAUUUACAUGUGGAAUUAAUCUUAUACACCUACCAGGUUUCUAUUGGAUUUUUUUCCCUUGUACAACCUUUCCAACCUCUUUUUUUUCUUAAAUGCUCUGUACAAUCACAUGUAAAAUCAUGAGCUACAAACCUCAAUAAAAAAUGUCAGUAAACAAUAA